AGGCCGUGCACCCAUGCACUCGGGGUACAAACGCUCCCAAAGCCGCACCCCUGCUCAGCAAUCGUUAAUCACCCCGGCCGGGAGGCAGCAGCAGGCAGCAGCAGCAGGCUGGGUCUCCGCAGCCCCCACGGCAGCAGGAGCAGCGCUGACCGGCUCCCUGGGGUGGCACUCACUGCCCACCACCCUCCCCCGGGAGGCCCUGCGGAGGUGGCCAGUCCUGCAGCACUGCCCUUUCCUCCAGGAAGGUCACUCGGUCCAGGACACAGAGGCUCUGCCUGUUUGUGGAGCUGCUGGGCUACGCCUGAGGCGGGGGCUCCGAAGAGGAGUUUGUGCCUGGCUGUACCGCAGCCUUCAUCUCUUCACCACAAUGCAGCACAAGGCAUUCUGGAGUGCCCUGGAGUACACCUGCCGAUUGCUGGGCAUCUCCACUGCAGCAGUGCUGAUCGGUGUGGGCGUAGAAACUCUGCAGCAAGGACAGUUCAAAAGCCUGGCCUUCUAUCUGCUUUUUUCAGGGGCUGCAGUUACUGUCUGUGAAGGCUUCUUCUUUAUCAGUUUGCUCCUGGAGAUGUGCUUCACUCACAAGCCUGAAUUCCUGGCACAGGCCUGCUGGAAGCGAGCCAGACGCCCAGGGAGCUUCCAGAAAUUCCUGGGGUACACGCUGCUCUCAGUGGCAUGCUUCCUGCAUCCUGUCCUCGUCUGGCAUGUCACCAUCCCUGGGUCCAUGCUGGUGCUCACUGCCCUGGCCUACUUCCUGCUGAGCAAGAGGAGGAAGAGCCCAGGGCACAAAGAGGCGCAUCCCCAGGCAGGUCAGUACGUGGACCCUUCAGCCACCGAGGCAGCCCCAAGCAUCAUUGGGGACACUGAGCAGACCUACACCUUCCACGGGGCCCAGAGGGAGCAGCACCGCUCGCUGCUGGGCCACAUGAAGAGCAUCCUGAAGGGCAGCAAGGACAGGAGCUCAGCCCCAGAAACUGCUGCCCAGCCAGCAGCCAUGCCAGCCCCUCGCAAGCAAGUGCACUUUCAGGAGAAGGUGGUGCAGAUCAUCCCCUCUGUCAGCGAGAACUCGGAGGAUGUGGAGAGCGAGGCUGAGGAGAGCACGUCGGACACAACGCCCAUCCUCACCCCACCUGACGCGCCCAUCGUCAUCGCCCCUCUCAGCUCCGCCGGCCUCUUCUGAGCCCUCAGCAGGAACGAGGACAGGACAGGCCUGCCACCCUGGAACAGGCGCUCCAGCAGCCAAAGGGCCCCAGGAGGUGGCCCUUUUUGCCUCCCGUACUUUGGGGGUGACAGCCGUGCCGCCCCCUCUCCAGGGCUGCCCGCACUCGCUGGCCCCGCGCGCUGUGGCAGGCCCAGGGGACAGGCGGCGGCUCAGGCGGGCUCAGCCAGCACAGCGAGGUGUCCGUCCCACAGCCUCACCCCUGCUCAGCACUGCACACGCCGCAGCGCUCCUGCCCGGCACCACAGCCGCGCUCUGCCUCCCUCUGGCAGCAGCGGCAGCAGCGGCAGGGGACACCUCCGUGCCCCGGAGCAGCCUCUGCUGGGCACUCUGUCCCUCUGGCCCCAGUGCUCCCCGCAGAGCUCAGGGCUGGGCUGCAUUCCGCACGGGGCACUGCAGCCUGCAGGCUCCCCCGCAGCACCUGCAGCAGCCUGACACAGGCAGAACGCAUUCUGGAGGGGGGCUGGAAACAAGAACACAAGCGCACCCCUAGCAUUAGCACCUGCUUAGGACCUCCCCAGGCAUUCUCUGAGCCCAGCAGGGAAAUCGUCCCUGGCCUUGGGGACACCUAAGCAGGAGCAGAGGCCUUCUGGGUGUCCCCUGCUUGGACAGCCCCCUUGAAUUAGAACUUUGGGAUGAUGUGACAGCCCAGGUCCUGAGCUUCAGCACCACGCUGGCACAGCAGACUGUGUGAACUCCAGUGUGUGUAAUUAUGGCCCCCAGAGGGCAAAGGCAAUAAUAAAAUUACCAUACUGUCCCACCAUUUCCUUCCAUGCCAGCUCUUCCCUGAACCCCUUAACUCUGUCUUAAUCCUGGUAUAACUUCUGCCUUCAGAAGUAAUGAAGCAUUUUCCUCCUAUUCAGCUCCCACCUGAGGAGAUGUGGGAAGAGCUCAGGUGGCUGGGUUCCCGUGGACGUGGGACAAGAAGCCACACUGUCACUGCUGUUGGGAUGAAAAGCUAUAACUGCUCUGAGCCCAGACACACAGCACAGGGGAGAAGUGAUGGUAAUUUGAGAACGCUCCUGGGACCUGCUAGACUAUUUAUAAGGUUGAAGCCAGUUAGCUGGCUGUUUUUCUUGUAAAUACAUUAUUUCUUCUAUUUAAGAUCUCAGCUCUCCAAGAGGCAAUCACCAUGUUCGUUUAAGAAAGCAGUGUAGGUCAAAGAAGGCAAUUGAGAUAAGAAACCAGUGCUACUUUUUAA